CAAGAAAGGCCAUUACGAAAAUUUUUAUAUACCUAUAGCAAAUUCUUUUAUAAAAGUAUCUAACUAAUUACUUUAUCUUAUCUAUACACAAUGGCCCCAGUUACAAUAUUAUUAUGGAACUGUAGAGGGAUUAGAAAUAAAAAAGAAUUGGCCAUGAGAAUAAGAAAUUAUGACAUCGCGGUUAUAACUGAAACUAAACAGCCAAAAAAUGUUCCAAUCUAUUUUUCAGGAUAUAAAACAUAUCGAUCGAAUAACCUUGAUAAUAAGGGAGGAAUAGCUAUUGUGAUACACAACAGACUAGAAUUUGAGGUUCUAAAGUGCCAAGAGGAUAUACACGAGUCAGUAGAAAGGUUAGGUAUUACGAUAAAGAAUGUUUCAGGAAAAGUUAACAUAGUCGCGGUAUAUAGGAGACCAGGUACUAGAUUGGACAAACCCAUAUGGCGGAAAAUACUCACUAACAACGGAAAUACACAUAAAACAUAUUAUGUUGGAGACUUUAACGCAUAUAAUACUAUAUGGAACUGCGGAGAUACAGAUAGAAAUGGUGAAAAUAUAAGCGAGAUAAUGAAUGAAAAGGAUUUGGAUCAUCGGAGGAUCUAGACAAUAUAAGAAUACCAAUUGCUGGACUCGUGGGGUUCGGACCACUAUCCAAUAAUAAUGGAAAUGGAUUUUGAAAUCACAAAUUACAUCAAAAAGACAAACAGAAUUUCAUCAAGAAAAACGAAAUGGGAUAAUUAUAGAAGAAAGGUUACGGAAAUCUGGGAAAAGGCAAGGAAAGAGUUAAGGUUGGAUUCAGGAGAUAGGGACAUACGGAUAAGAUACAAUUUACUAUGUGAAAGCAUGAAAAUGGCUAUAGAAGAGAUCACUCCAAGGAGAAGAGGCAAGGAGAAAGAAUACAAAAAUAAUAAAAUAAAAAGAAAAAGAUCCCUCCCAGUUAAAUGGUGGGACGGGGAAUGUGAA